AUGGAGAAACUUAUAGUUAACGCUAAGGGCUUACCAAAUGCAAGAAAAGAGGUUGGAUUAGCAUUUGAAAGCUCUGAUGAUGAAAUUUUAAACGAGGAAGGUUUUACGAAGAAGAGAAGAAAGAAAGAUCAAUUGACAGAAGACUUCUCUAGUAGCUCUUCUAAUUGUGACAACGAAGAUUUGGAACAAGAUGAGGAAUCGAGAGUCACCGAUAGCGAUAGUGAAAUAGAAGAGCCUGUGGUCAAAGAAGAUGAUAUGUUUGCCUCCGAUGAUGAGGCCGAGCCUGUUACAAAGCAGCGCACAUCGGAUCACGAAUCGGUCGGAGACUUCGCACUGGAAGCCUUCAAUAUGGAUGAGGAAUCCAAAACCGGUGUCUUUGAUAAGUAUGGAAACUAUAGCGAAACUAAGAAAGACGUUGAGGACGAAGUACAAGAGCAGGAUCGAUGGAUAGAUGAUUAUAAUGAUGGCGCACAAGUAGAGCAAGCCUUGCUAGCUAAGAAGGCGAGGCUCACACAAGAGGAUUCUCUUAGGGUCAAAGCCUCAAAGAAUAAAUGGCUUUUAACUCUUGACGAAGCCUUGAAGAGGUUAAUGUAUUUUCUAUGCGAGGAUGAAACAUUGCUUGAUGCGCUAGGAAGGCUUAACAAGUACCGAACGCAAUACGGAAAGAAGUCUAAGCUUCAUAAGGCUGUCCUCAAGCAACAAAAUUAUGAAUCGGAAACUUUUGACAAGCUGCGAUUUGAGCACACCAAGACUGCUAUCAAUCUGAUUACCGAUCUCAUGGAAAUCAUCGAAAAAAAAGGUAUCACAGAUGUGCAAGAACUUACCAGAGCAAAAUUAGAAGAAUUGAUAGAAGAGGAGUCGCUGGACGACCAAAGAACUGAUCAUUACCAGACAAAGCUGUGGAACUUCAAAUGGAUUAACGAUUUAAGUACUCUCAACGAGUCAUAUACCAAUUACGAAAUGCAAUCUUGGAAGCAAACGUAUUUCCAAGAUAAUGUGAUCGUUAGACACGUAGACGACAGAGAUGAGCCAAAGAACUGGAUCCAUAUCAAAUGUUUGCAGUUUAUGUAA